UUUGGGUACGUCAGGAUCCUUCGACAUGGACAGCACGGACAAUGUGCUGUUGACGGUGCGCGGGGCCAACGUGGCCGAGGGUCCGACCGGCUAUGCCAACUUGCGAGAUUCUCUUUGCUUGAGCACUACGACGGAGUUACAUGCCCACCAGCAAGCAGCGGUGGCGUGGAUGUUGCAUAGAGAAACCAAUUGCGACAAGGUCCUUCACGGCGGCAUCCUUGCCGACGGCCCUGGGUUGGGGAAAACAUUGACAAUGCUCAGUGUCAUUCAGCUCCACCGCUCUUCUCGCCCAACUCUCGUGGUCGUACCAAACCAGAUCAUCGCACAGCAAUGGUAGCAAGCGAGGCACACGCGAAUCGACAAGGUGACGAGGCAUGCCUCCAUAGGAUGAAAGACAUGGCGACGCAUUUUGCACAAACCACUUGGUCGUCGAGCAUCUUCAACGCAACCACCCCGAUCAAUGAGUCCCACCGCAUUGUAAUAAUCCUCAUGAAAGACCUGGCCAAAGAAUGGCACCGACGCCAGAGCGAGCUCAGCGAGCGAGGCCGAAGCGUGAGUACGCUGUACCACGUGUCCUGGAGUCGCAUUUGCGUCGAUGAAGUGCAAGAGAUCUUGGGCAAGUCGUCGUUGGCGGCGCAGAUGAUGCAGCAGUUGAAUGCACCGAUUCGAUGGGGAUUGUCAGGGACCCCCGUGUCCAAAGUUGCCGACAUUGCAGGUGUGGCCCAGUUCCUGCAGCUGGCACCGUACGACUCGAGCACAUGGUGGCUCCAACAUGACAUCGCCGUCGCGCUGGAGCUCGUGCAGCCUAUUCUUGAUCAAAUCGUAUGGCGGACUUCGAGUCAGCACGUGAGCCGGAGCUUGCAGCUGCCGUCGCAGACCAUCCUUCCCACGACGUUUGUGCAGCUGUCGGCGAUUGAAUUCGCCGCGUAUCGACCGCACUUUGAGCGGUAUAUCAAAGACAUUCGACGACGGAUUGCAUCGUUUAAAGGCAAUACCAGCCUGAUCACGCUCCACGAGCUGCGACAACUCCUCCAUCACCCCGCCGUCCUGAACUUGUGUAAAGGUGCAUCCCACGUCUCCUUGUUGACCAAAUGCACCACGUCCAUCGACUCGAGCGCCGGCUUUAUUGCCCACAUGGCCACACGACAGCGUGAGCAGUGCAGUUUAGCUCUCAGCCAGUGGCUCGGAGUAUGUCUGUCAUGCCCAAAGCAGCUCGAAAUCGCGUACAAAACAUGGCAAGACCUCGCUACCGAGAUCUCAGUUCCAUGGCAGGUGCAGCUAAAGGUGUUGUCCGCAUUGUCGGCGCUUCAUCAUGUGUCUCCUGUUCGAUAUCGCCACCAAAUCCACCGCGCGAUUCUCGACUCGCCAUGCCAGCGCCGACUUCCUGUCACUUUGUGGCAACGGAUAUUUGUAUAUUUACACGAAGACUUUUCUGACCAACAACUACGCGUGUUAAUCGCCCAGCAGCAUCCCCUCCUGGCAGCAUUUCAAGACAAGGCAACUGCGUUCUGGACCGCCCACGCCGCGCCAUGGUCCCAGCACAACUUUCAGAGCCAAGUGGAGGCGUCAUUCGACCUGGAGCGCCGAAUUCAAUUGCCAGCGAUGGUGGCCAUCCUGAACGAUUUCACCAAUAUGCGUUUAUCCGAGGCCAAGUCCCGAGUAGGCAUUUUUGAGCGCCCGACGUUGUGGCAUUACCUUCGAAACAAAACGACCGAGUCCAUCGACGUGGGCGAGAUACGAAUGGUCACGAUGGACUUGCUCGGCCAGUACAUGGAGCAAUUCAGCGCCAGUCUCAAGCUGCUACACGAUGUCAUGCAUGCAGAUUGGAGGAGGGAACUACAAAUGGUCUUGAGGGGAUAUCGCGACUGCAACCACGCGACCCGGCGGCUCGAUCGAACCCUCGUCGUGGGUCGGGAGGAGCGAUGGCAGCGUCGCGACCAUGCACAUGGUCAAGGACGCGGCCAGAUCUCCCUUGGCUCACGAUGUGUUGUGUGCACGCUGCGCAACCGCAUCGACUUGGCGUUGAGCUUCCUCGUCACCGAGGGCAAAACAUUAACGCUGAUGGUGAUCUUUUUCACACUUGAGGCGCCCCCUGAGAUGCUUGGCCUCUUUAACGACUGCAUCGCACACCUUGAGCACAUGGUAUCGUUGGCAACACUGCUGGACAACUGGCUCCGAGUGAGCUGCGAGGCCCAGAAUUGCAUGGCAUACGCUGGCGACGACCCGUCAGCAGCUGCAUUCAAGCGCGUCAAAGUGGCACACGAAAAAUUUCAACUGGCCAACUGCUACCGCCAGUACACGAGCACAAUUGCUUCGUUGGACGAGACGGCAUCGCCUGCGACGAAUUGCUGCGAUUUUUGUGGGACCGCCAUGACUCGAUCGGCGACGUCGUUGCUGCUGUGCUGUCAUCGCUUCUGCGCCGCGUGCAUUGCAAAGGCAGCGUCCAACGAGAUGGCGACGCAUCGUUGCUUGGUCUGCUUUAAGUCCCAGCCGUUUGCUCUGGCCAAGGCCCCGCCACUGCCACCCAGUUUGCUCGCAUGCGGAUCAAAGAUGGACGUCAUCCUCCAGGACUUGACUGCGAUUGCCCCGCACGAGAAAUGCGUCGUAUUUUCACAGUUUCCCGAAGUGCUCGAGUUGGUCAUGACCGAGUUGACCAAGCGCCAUGUCCGGAGUGUGCAGCUCCGCAGCGGCAAUCAGAUAUCGUUGCGACAUGCGUUCGAAACGGACACCGACGUUCGAGUGCUGCUCCUGCCGCUGAAAAAGUACAACCACGGGCUCAACUUGGUGGAAGCGACCCACGUCUUUUUGAUCGAGCCAUCGUUGCAACCAGCGUUGCACGCCCAAGCCAUAGCCCGCGUCAAGCGGUUGAAUCAAACCAGACCGACCUUUGUCCACCGGUAUGCCGUGCGAGACACUGUCGAGGAAGCGGUUGACGCGGCCGUGACCCAUGACAACCACCGCCUGACCAAAGGGGACAUUUACCGCAUCUUUGCUCACGACGCGUUCCUCUCGACGUAGUGUUUAUCCAAGAUAUGGAGGUUUGUUCAGUAUGGCGUGGUCUUGGGCGGUAUCCCGCCGUCGUUUCUCGAGUUGGGCUCGAAAGCAUUGCUAGCUAUACAUUCUCCACACCCAGAAGACUCGAGCUUGGUCCGUGUUCAAAUAUGGAUGGCUCUCGACGACGAACGUUCAACUUGGAACAGUUGUGACCGCGAUCAUCCGCGUUUACGACCAAGUGAAGUUCGGCAGACGACAUUCAUUUCUCCACCUUCCUUUCGGACGGAGCGCAGCGUGGUGGCACACUUUCACGACAGCUCCUAACGAAGGUGCGGCCAGCACACGUUUUCCGCCGAUCGUGAGCCGCACAACACAUUGUGUC